CAAGCGACAAACAACUGUUUUCAAUGACGUGUCAUUACGAAAAUCAACCCUUUGAAAUUACGAUUUAUGUUUCCUUUCGUUAAACACUAUUUCAAUGAUUUGUUUCCAAAAGCUGCAUGAAACACUGGACGUCGCCUUAGUUCUGUUCGUACAAAGAUUGUUGGGCUCAAAGUUUCGACUCUUCUGUUGUUGGACCCCGGUGUUAGACCUUCUGUUAGGCCCGUCAAAUCCUGAGCCCACACAAGAUCAUCAGCGGUGUACCACACAAGUUGUCAUGAAAAACAUGGCCGAACAUUGUACAGGAUACAUAUGCAGUUGUUUUGUAGUUUGUUUUGUGUUUUUUCUUUCUUGUAGACUUUCUUGUGGCGUGUUAUAUUCAUCCGCCGACCACACAGUUCUCUUAGAAAACGAUACAAUCUCGAGUGUAAUUCACAAUAGCCAAACGGCAUGGGUAGUAGAAUUUUAUUCCAGUUUUUGUGGACAUUGUCACGCAUUUGCUCCGACAUGGAAAAAGCUGGCAAAAAUGGCGAAAGACUGGAGACAGCUUAUACAUGUUGCUGCUAUUGAUUGUGCAGAAGAACGUAAUCUCGCCACUUGUGUCCAUUAUAACAUAGAAGGUUAUCCGUCUGUAAAGUUUUUUAAUGCUUCAGCUCCCAUCUCUAAUCUAGGAGAAACAUAUCUAGGAGAGAAGACUCUACUUAAUCUUCUUCAUGAAAUGGUCAAGGUAGCUGAACUACAGAAGUCUUUAGGUUUGGUUCGUGCAGAUGUGGAUUUCAUACCCGUAGGGAAUGAAUUUGUGACCAAUUUUCUGGAAGGCAGAACACCAUAUGAUGAGCUAGCAUUGAUUUUUGAGGUACCAACUUCAUAUAUUGGCCGUGAGGUUAUGUUAGAUAUGAUAAAAUGCCCACGUUUGGGAGUCAGAAGAGUCUUGAAUCAAAAUAAAAUUAUGGUUGAAAAAUAUUCAGUAAAAAAGUUUCCAUCUGUCAUUGUUAUCCACCGAAGAGGCACAUUUCAAGAACUUUCCUACAAUGAAAAGACUCAUGCUAGUUUCAAGAGAGCUUUAGAAGAACUUUGUGUGGUGGUCAGGCCUCCUCCAGAACUUUCAGAAGUAACUGACGCCAUGAAGUUCUACAAGACAUUGCAUGGAGCAGAGGACAAGAAAAAACAAGAGGCUGGAAGCAGGUGUCAGUGGGUUAAGCUGUAUGGAGACCAGAUGUGUCAUAACUGGAGACAGCUUAUACAUGUUGCUGCUAUUGAUUGUGCAGAAGAACGUAAUCUCGCCACUUGUGUCCAUUAUAACAUAGAAGGUUAUCCGUCUGUAAAGUUUUUUAAUGCUUCAGCUCCCAUCUCUAAUCUAGGAGAAACAUAUCUAGGAGAGAAGACUCUACUUAAUCUUCUUCAUGAAAUGGUCAAGGUAGCUGAACUACAGAAGUCUUUAGGUUUGGUUCAUGCAGAUGUGGAUUUCAUACCCGUAGGGAAUGAAUUUGUGACCAAUUUUCUGGAAGGCAGAACACCAUAUGAUGAGCUAGCAUUGAUUUUUGAGGUACCAACUUCAUAUAUUGGCCGUGAGGUUAUGUUAGAUAUGAUAAAAUGCCCACGUUUGGGAGUCAGAAGAGUCUUGAAUCAAAAUAAAAUUAUGGUUGAAAAAUAUUCAGUAAAAAAGUUUCCAUCUGUCAUUGUUAUCCACCGAAGAGGCACAUUUCAAGAACUUUCCUACAAUGAAAAGACUCAUGCUAGUUUCAAGAGAGCUUUAGAAGAACUUUGUGUGGUGGUCAGGCCUCCUCCAGAACUUUCAGAAGUAACUGACGCCAUGAAGUUCUACAAGACAUUGCAUGGAGCAGAGGACAAGAAAAAACAAGAGGCUGGAAGCAGUUCAGAGGUGUAUAUGCAAGACUUAGAAAGUGGUUUAUCAUACAUGCUUAAAAUAGAGGUUGCGAAUAAACCUAUAAUAGAAGGUCCUGCCUACGUAGCACUCCAGAACUUCAUAGACAUGUUGGGCGAGUGUUUUCCAGGAAGGCCCACCCUUCGAGAUGUUUUCAAAAAACUGCAUGCCAAGUUGCCCCGGACGCGAAGAAGAAUAUACAGCUUGGAAUAUAGGAACGUUCUUGAGCAAUCGCAGGCGAACUUAAAGUCGAAACGUGGAGUGGCUAUACAUCCUCUUCCUAGGAAGGCAACAUGGGUGGCCUGCUCCGGCAGCGAGCCACACUACCGCGGCUACCCGUGUAGUUUGUGGACUUUAUUCCACACAUUGACCGUAAACUGCAACUCCAGGUAUAAAGUAUCAGGUCUGGAGGUUCUUUCACGCAUCCGAGAAUACAUCCGCUACUUCUUCAGCUGCGUGGAAUGCAAAGAACACUUCACGGCAAUGUCUGCGAAUCUCAAGAACGAAGUCAGUUCUCAUAACGACGCGAUCCUGUGGCUGUGGCGAGGUCACAACAAAGUCAACAAGCGGCUGGCUGGAGAUCGCAGUGAAGACCCCAAGCAUCCCAAGAUUCAGUUUCCGUCCAAAGACCUGUGUGAAGAGUGUCGACUUCCACAGUCCAACAAUGGCGAUGAGAUUCAAUGGAACGAGGCGGUUGUGCUGGAAUUUUUGAAGAAUCAUUAUGGGGUGGAUAACAUCAGGAUCAAGAAACCGUCCGCAACAUCUUCCCCCGGGCUGGAGGACACUGAUAUUGUAAGCAAAUAUUCCAAGCGUCAUUUUGUCACUCAUCUUACCAUGAUCGGUUUGAACUCGCUCGACGCUAGCAUGUGUUUGAUUCUGUACUCCGCCAUAGCUUUGGCGGUCAUUGCCUUGUAUGUCUAUUUCAUCCGAAGACGACGAAGAACCGUGAAGCUUCGCGUUCACACUCCGUAACAACUGGUUGCAAUUUCACCCCACGAUGAACUUGCAACUGGUAUUAAAGGUUCUAAAAAUUGUUGACGUGACAAAUAUUUAUUUAUUUAUAUGCCUGAAUCAGGCAGAACGCUUCUUCAAUUGAAUCUAAGGAGUUGUGUUACUUGAUCAAGUAAUCACACACGACUGGAUAUCAGUCGUAACACCAUUUCACUGAUCGCUCGUGAAUAAAAAUAAAAUAGUUUUGAAAUUGAAUCGUGAAACGAUUAAACGCGAAAACAAUAAAAUAUAAAGCAACGUCCGUGCGUCACAAGAAAACCCUAAUAGGGGUCUGUUCACAGUUAAAGUGUUUGGCCUAUUUAAAAGUAAACGUAUGUCAAGUUUUUCAACAGCCGUUACCUCGGCAAACCAAAACAAUCGCUGACUGGUGUUUAGAAUAGUGUUUUUUUAGCUGGCUUAAAACACCUAGCAUUUGACCCAUUGAGAAUCAUAUCGAUUGCUGUUAAAAUUGAUAGCACAGUAAUGAAGACACAAAGAAUAGUUUGAGCAAUAUCCAUUGUGGAGGUGUUUAUUUUUACUACAGAUUUUAUCUCCAAGGUCUGCAAGUAUUUUAAAAACAUAUAUUGUAAUGAGUAUUUUCCAAUGUAAAUAGUGAUAUAGAAUUGGAUAGAGUUUUAGAUUAAAAUCUACUUUUUGUUCGAAACACCCAGGACGCUGUAAGCAGGUAGUGAGACAAACAAAACUCUUACCUGACCCCUAGAUUCAAGUGUAGUACAACUGAUUUUAGUUUCAUUAGGACAUAUAUGAUAAUCUAGAAAUUGUCAACAACAAUAAGUUUGCUAGCAUGGCUGGUUUUAUUUUAAUAAUAAUUGCAGUCGAAAAAAUACCAACGCCUUUGAAAGCAUCUGAAAUAAAUUAAAUGACGUAACACAUAAUGA